AUGGAGGAAGAUAGCUUUGGCGUAGUGGAUUACGUAGUCUUCUCUAUAAUGCUGUUGAUUUCAGCACUGAUCGGAGUAUGGCAAGCUUGUGUUGGAGGAAAACAGAAUACUACUGCUGAAUAUCUCUUGGCGGACCGGCGGAUGAACUUCUUGCCGGUAUCAAUUUCAGUACUGGUCUCUUAUCUUUCUGCGAUUUCACUUCUUGGCCUGCCCGCGGAAAUAUUCUUUUAUGGGACGCAGUUUUACCUCACGAUAAUUGGAAUGGUUUUGACUUGUUGCGUGGCAAACGCUGUAUUCUUACCGAUGUUUCGUCGUAUAAGGAUAACUUGUAUAAAUGAGGUAAGGAUCAAGAGCCCGUUUCUUUCGAGGUCCCAUUGCGACCAGGCAUUGCAAAUUAGCCAUAAGGGCCGAAGGAAGGUCUGAUCGUGUCGUGUAUUCAAAGUUAGAGCCCGCAGACCACCACGUCGUAACUUCAAGACUCAGCUGUGGCUAGCCUGCGUGGCAGGUGUUUGAACGCAGGCUAAGCUGUAGCUAGCUGCAAAAGCAACCUUAGUUUCACCUGUGUAGUCUUAACCCAGGGUCUUAUCACGAGAUAACACGCACACUUAGAGUUAACAAGGAUGAGCCAAUGAUUUUGGGCCCUCUGGUUUUAAGGUUUUCUUGAAUGAAAUUCGUUUUAACUUCUCAUUUUUAAUUUAUCAAUCGGUUACAUCAUUCGGCAUUCCUUAGGUAUUGUGUGAUGAUAUGAAUUCCAUGACCAGUUGUUUAUCAUACUGACAAUCUAUAGUGACCUAGACAAUGAGGGUAGAAGGGUCAAUCCCUUUCUAAAUGCGUCAUCAGGGAUCAUACAAAAUCCCUUAAGUAGUGAUUGCUUUUUCCUUUGCUGACGGCUACCUCCGGAGGGGUGGGGGGGGCGUCCCCUUAUUUGAACUAAACUGGUAUGUACGUGCGCUCCGGUGAACAGGCUAUGGUUUGUAGACUUUUUAUAGGGUCUUGACUCUUGCAUCUUAAACGAGGUAUACAAUUUCACUAUUAAGCGUCUUGAACAGGAUGCUUUUCUGGACCAGAAGCCUUUAAAAGAGUUUGAAGGCUGGCUAUUUUGUGAAACCAAGAAUAUUUCCACUGAUAAAGGCUUAUUCCGGGAUGCCAAUUAAAAAACUGCUUAAUUUCUACGCGAAACGAAAUGAAUAAGGUCUUUUGUGCUAAAGAGGGUAACGAAAGUUAUGAUUUUUGUCUGUUUGAAGCCAGGGGCACACCUCUACCCAAACGUCCUUUGAGUUAACCCUUUCCCCUCCCCCGGUAGUGCUACAACAGUUAAAAAUCAUCUGCUUAGCUCCCGAGAAAUGCUAAACACGCAUAGAAACUAAAGUAGGAAUUAAAUGAGUGACCUAACAAUUUUUGUUUCAGUACCUUGAACAAAGAUAUUCUGUUGGCAUGAGGAUGGUGGGCUCUUUGCUCUUUGGCAUUGGCGUGGUAAGUAUCGCGGGUUUUGCGAUUUAUUUUUUCAUAUCUCUCUUUCGUGAGACACGAAAAUAACCACGCGCGUGACGUAAGGCGCGAGACAGAAGAGUCGCGGCCCUCGUUUCGCCCUCGACUUUCGCACGCGCGUGCACUCUCCAUAACUAAAUUAAAAGUCAAAAAGAGACUGCUCGCAGUCCUAUUUGUCCCCAUCAUUCUUCCUGUACCUGAAGUCCAAAACGGUCACGACAGAAGCUUUUCUAUCUGUACAAGAAAAACGAAUUAGAAGACAAAACGAGCGGUAGUGCAUAGAAUCUAAUCGAAGAUGAUAAUAUUGCGGAAAUAAUGAACAAUCCCAACUCGGAGAGGCCAUUGUCGACAGCUUUGGUUCGGGUAAGCUCGCUCGCCGUCGUUUCUUCCUUCAAGUCAAAGAUAUUACCCAACUGAAUAACUAAGAACCACGCUAUGGGGAUGAUGUGUAUUUCGUCAGUGACACGGGUGACUCAAAAAAAAGAAAUCCGAAUUCAACCAACAGGAGCUAAAACUAUGACUCUUAAGUUUCUAGACCAAAAGCUCUGAGGAGCUACAAGAGACUCAUGAGAGCUAAAGCAGUUAAACGAGGUUAAUGUGACGAACAUCUGGGCGUUGCAGUCGUAGCAGUGUACAGGACGUUCGUUACAUGUGCCCUAGCUUAGGUAGCAUGCGUUUCCCUGUGAGAUCGUCGAGAAAGUUGGGACGAGAGCAAAAGAGAAGAAUGAGGGAGUAGGAGAAGGGGAGAGAAGGAAAGGUUUCCUCUUUUCCCUUCUCCCUCCCCCUUCCCAUGUUUUUUUGCUCUCGCUCCACCUUUCACGAAAUAACUCAAUUGCAGGAGCCCAUCAAAUUCAAUUGAAAACGCAGGCUACGUUCACCCAGCAAGUUUCCUGUAGCUCAGUGGGGGAGAGUCUGGUCCAGUUACCAGAACGGUGGCGGAUCCAGAGGAGGGGCCUGGGGGGGCUUGCCCCUUCCCUUAUUUUUAGACCAAACUAAAAAAAUUUUAAGACCGGGCCCCCCCUUAUCUCAGGGUCUGGAUGACCGGGUACCCCCCCCCCUAAUCAGAAGGUCUGGGUCCGCCACUGCAGAAGGUCAUGGGUUCGAUUCCUUUUGAAUCGAAAGUCGCCUAUUUUAGUAAGAUUUCACUAAUAACCAUCAUCCUCAUAUCAUGUUGCCAGGCUUAAAGGUCGCUCAGUAAAUUUUGUAACUGUGAAAGUGUUGUAUCAACAUGAACUUUGUCUUUUUAUAAUACUCUUUUUAAUCCCUUUCAUUUUAUGCAGACAUUAUACUUGUUUGUGGCCUUAUUUGCUCCAUCUUUGGCUUUGGAAGCUGGUAAGUAACGUGACUUUGUACUCCACAACCUCCGCGUGUGUCUCUCUACUCUUUAUAAACAUCAUUCACACCUGGAAGGGUCUAGGUACUUCACGUUAGGGAUGGGUUGGCGUGGAUCUCCUGUAACCUCUACUUUCAGGUCAGGGAUUUGACACUGAAUGGUUCUAGCAAAGACAGUUUUGGAAUUAAACAGAGUAGAGAAUAAGUUUUUUGGGGAUUCCCCGGUAUAAUUAAGAUCCUGUGACGAAGCAUUGGCAUAGACCAUUUGUAUCGUGAAGAGGAAGUCCGAAAAGUACACAAGCGAAGCAAUUGAACGUCAUGAAUCCAACGUAGUCUAGGAUGCAUAAGGGUAUCGUUUCCAAGUCUACAUUUUUUAUCUGCAUGCAAAGGAUCUGAGUUUUUUUUCUUCUGAAAAUUUCCAUCCCGUAAGCUACACGUUCAAUGAGCGUGUGGUUCUCCCGCAAUGUCAUAUCUAAUUCAGGAUGAAUGUUUAUGGACAAGAUAUUGAUCUCAGUGCUGGUUCCAGACCUUGAGACCUUGAGAUAAGGAGGGGGCCCGGUCAUCCACACCCUGCGAUAGGGGGAGGGGGAGUCUCCCAAACUUUUUUCGACCCUUCGGGACUCAGUUUAGUCUAAAAAAAGGGGGGGCGGGGGCCAAGCCCCCCGGGUCCCUCCCCUAGAUCCACCAAAGGAUUUCCGGUAAAUUUUUGCUUGUGGGAUCCGUGAUCCUAAAAAAAUUUUGCUUGUGGGACCCGGAAUCCUAGAAAUAUUUGCUUGUGAAAUUUAGGGUCCGGAAUCCCACUAGCGAUUGGAACCCGGAAUCAGAGAGAUCUGAAAUCCAAUAGCUAGAAUGUGGAAUCCAGAAGGCAAGGACCCAAUAUUUGUUUACAGAGGGUAUAAGGAGUCAAAAUGUCAUUUGGAACAAAUAGUCUUUUCUAUUAACUCUAGUUGCAGGUAUUCCACUGACAGUUUCUAUCCUGGCAACUGGUAUUGUCUGUACGUUUUACACGGCAUUGGUAUGUUAAUAAUUGUUUAAUAGUUUUGCCAUUGAGGGAGGCUGUUAGUAGUCUACAACCACUAGAUGCAAAUACCUAAGUAAUGUUUGAUAUAAGUGAACCAUGAGUCCCGUCCUACUGUGACGACUUGCACUUGAUCGCUUCCGUCUUGGAGAGUCUUGGAGAGCUCAAAAAUGGUCUGAUCUCGGAUUUCAAAAAUUGUCUGGUUUCUUUGAUUCUGAGCCCUUUGGAUUUGGGAUUGCCUUAUAUGGACCAAACCUUUCCUUGUCGCUGUACACCGUCUUCUCCUUUUCGGUCAAUGCAUUUAGGUGACGUAGCCCUGACUAAAGGCUACUCGGAUCACGUGAUCCGAAGCAAAUAGACCACACAGAAAAAGUGAGGCAAGGAGCGCUCUGCAAGUCAUGGCCCAACCCUAGAAUGCAACACAACAACCAAAAAGGGCCCUUUGCGCGAAAUGGUAACGCGCUACCUGUUUCUUGCUGUUGUUGUUUAAUCGAUUCUUAGCUUUUACAGUUUUCAUAUGAUGAACUAUUGUAUAUUUUUAGUUUUUAAUUUUAAAUCUUUGUACUAUAAUUUUUUUGGUUUGUUUUUUAAUUUUAAAUUUUAGGAAUAUAAUUAGGGCCGUGGAUUACCUAUAAACUAGCUGAUAGCUAAGCGUGAUAUCCACGUUAAAUAAAGUAUCGUGUCGUAUCGUAUCGUAUCGUAUCGUGGUACAAAAAUCACCUUGCUGGAUGGCAAAGGACGCAAUGGGACCUUGAAAAGACAGGAUAAAGCGAUUUUUGAAUGACCUUGAAAUGAAGACGCGCGAACAAAACAGAAACAACAAACGAACGAAAAUAGAGCGAUUUGAUUGGUUUAUCGAAGGGAUGCAAACGCGCGUGGCUUUUGGUUGGUUAAGCGAACGCUCGUAUCGGGUGAAAAAACUUCAUGCCCUAGAACUUUCUGGAAAACAAUCGAUACUUCGCUUUGACGUCAUACUGCAACACGAUUGGCCAAUCGAACAAUGCCUUCUCCAUAUUAGGGUUUUCUUUGGCGGGAAAACGAGGAGUCCAUGUUUUGAUCUUUUCAUCCAUUGGCUGAUAAAACAAUAACGAACACUUAUUUCAAGGUCAUACGAAAAUCGCUCUAUUAGCUGUUUGAAUGAUGUAACCUCCUUGUCUUUCUUGCCCCUUUGCUUCGUUUGCCAUGCAGCAAGGUGCCAAAUGUAUCAUGUUAUUGUAACCGUAUCGCGUGCAAAGGGACCAUAAGGUUUUCUCUAAAGGUAGGUUAGAGUGCGUGUUCAUGAAUAUAAAAACGAAAAAUGUUAAUUUAAGUUUACGUUUAAACAGGGCGGUCUCAAGGCAGUUAUUUGGACAGACGUGUUUCAGUCAGUUAUCAUGUUAGCUGGUAUGCUGACUGUGGCGGUUACUGGCACCAUUGAAGUAGGUGGUGUGAAAAAAGUCUGGGAAAUCAAUGAAAAAUAUGGCCGCAUCAACUUUUUCGAGUAAGUAAAGAAAGAUUUACUUUUUAAAUUAUUACCAAUCGUAAAGAAAUAAGCUUCAGUUCAAUGCACUUUGAAAGGCGUAACCCCUCUCCAGUUCGCACGUAUGCGUCCCGAUCAAGGUGGGUACGAUACCAACCCCACCCCUUAUCCAAUGUUAAAAGAAACCUCUCACUUGGAACAAAAUCUUGGGCUAAGGGAGUUUCCUAAGUUUCUUAUAUAGUCAAGCCUCAGGGUCGUCUCUACCUUUAACCUUGAAUUCCAUCGACAAUCAUUGACGUAAGUGUUCCCCGAGUGAUUCAGUUCGAGUUUCACCAAAGUUUUAAUUCAAGCUGGUCAACGAGGAGCAGGUUUUCCCGUUCAACAAUUCAAGUUUAUUGAUGAUUUUUAUAUAUCCAAAAUUAAAGCCCACUCUUUAGCUAUAUAACUAUUAUCGUUUCGUUGUGAGAAAGAUGUUUUAGGACGGCCAGGCGUUGAGGCCGUUUGCUUCCCGAAAUUCCCCACACGGUCCUGUUUUCUUUCAUAUGCCUAAUGAUAAGCCUACUCGAUAAAGUGUAAUUUGAUUUUUUGUUUUUCUUUUAGUUUCAAUCCAGAUCCUAGGGUUCGUAACACCUUCUGGUCGUUGACUAUCGGAUUCACAAUAACCCUGGUUCCAAUCUGGUCUUUGAAUCAGUACUUUAUCCAGCGGUAUCUCGCCGUAAAAACUCUCAGGGAUGCAAAAAAGUAAGCCUAAACAAGAAGUCUUCUCCUUCUUCUUUCGUCACUUUAGAUAGGAAACGGGGUCGAGUCAACUUUUGCAAGGACUUCUGGGACUGGAAAAAAUGGCUAAUAGCUGAGCGGCACGUCCCCAUGAGCAAUCCCAGAAAGAACUGCGGGGCACAUUUUGGCUCCAGUUCCCUUCUCGUUUCCAAAGUGGCGAAUGAGUUUAUCGCUCACGUGACCUUUGUGUUGCAAGUUGUUUCCUCCACUGAGAAGAGAAAAGUACUUACAGUUAAAAUCGUUAAAUUCUGUUAAAUUCUGUGCUGAUGUAUGUCCCCCUAGUAAGAUUUCUUACAGCAAAGUAAACAUUAAAAAUCUUUGGAUAAUUUGACGUAUGUUGUGAUAGGGACAUCAGUCACAUAAAUCUGUUCCUUUAAGUUUUUAACAAAUAGUUUUCUUCUUCCUUGUAUAUCUAACGUUGUUUUGUAUAUUUUUUAGAGUUGUAUGGCUCAAUAUUCCGUGCCUUCUCGUGGUGGUGACUAUAUUAGCUUUGGAUGGAAUGGUUAUAUUUGCUAAUUACGCGGGCUGUGACUUGUUUGUACAAGGCAAGAUCACAAGAGGGGACCAGGUGAGACAGUAACCUUAAACCUUAAAGGGGAGUGUCAGUAAAACGCGGGCUCGGGGUCUAUCUUAUUUUUAAAGAAUGCUGUUCUGGGGUCAUGGGUAGGAUUAACACUAACCCUACGUACUAUUUGCUGUCUUUUUAAAAAGCUAAAACCUUUGUUGCAUCAAUUAAAUCUCAAAGAUAAUGAUCCAGUGUUGUUAUUUAAGAACACCUUUAGGUAUUGAAACUGUUUCCUGUCGUCUGUUGCAACGGGUGGCAAGGAUGGACAUGGAUUAAAACUUGAAAAAUGUUGGGUCAACUUUUUCAAGUUGUAAUGCUAUGCCCACAAAAAUCGCCAUCUUGAAAAUUGGCCAUACUCUUUACUCCGACUUUUAGAUAAUUUUUCCUUACAAGACUGACUCCUAAUAACUUGAAGUCCUUUCCGAGAUAUGCAGACGAGACAAAACCCAUCUGAACUGGAGAAUGAAUGCAUGAUCUGAUUACAUCCCAUGAUCUCUCUAACGCCUGUUUACAUCACGCGUUCUCUCGCGUUCUCUCGCGUUUUUUCGUUUACAGCACGCCCCCAAAAAGUAUUAUAUUGUUGGUAGUUCCUGAUGAAAUUUGUCUGAUAUCUCCUUCAUAAUUAUACAGGAGCAUUUUGCGUAUGAGUAAAGACACUGAAGUAAUGACUUCAGCACAGAAUUGACCUUAACCCUUUAAGCCCCAAGAUCCACAUACAAAUUCUCCAGACUGAUCUCCAUACAUUACUUUUAAGAACAGUUGAGAGAAUUUGCUUUAAGAUCAAAGGGUUCUCACACUGGUAAUCAAUUACGUAAUUCUCAUAAACUUUACUCUUGAUGAUCUACCGAUGAUGUUAGGAGAAAAUUGAUGUUGGUCACUCUUGGGACCUAAAGGGUUAAACAGCAAUAUCCUCGUGACAUAGCCCCUUUACUGCCAAAUUCGUUGUAUCGCGCUGCGCGAUAGACUCCGAGCAGUCUCUCUUUUUUCUUGGUCCGUCGAGCAAAAGGCGGGAGACACGCAAAUGACACGUCGCGUCUCGCGGCUUCGCCGCUCGAUGCUAGCGCGCGUGCACUCCCCUCCCUAAAUCUGAAGAAAAAGAGAGAUAUGCAGUCUAGCUGGGCGAAAGUAUUUUGGGUUUUUCUGUUCCGUCAAUCAUCUUGCCGGACCUCUUAAGAAACACAAAAUCUCAACAAAAAGUGGAACACGAUCCGCGGGCGAGUGUGUAUGUCACUGUUUGUUUUUUGCCCGGGUCAAUAGGCGCUUGCCUUUUUGACUAAGUAUUUCAUGACCUGCGCAUGCGUAAUGAAUUUUUUUUCAGGUGGUUCCAUACUUCGUUAUUAACAAACUGGGACAUUUAAGCGGCUUGUCAGGAUUGUUUACUGCUUGUCUUUACAGUGCCGCGCUAAGGUAAAAAGAACCGUCAAUAAAUAAUGCACUAAAUGCUUUUGCUAUUGGACACGUUUCUAAGUUGAACUUCAAAGGCACGAAUAUCUGUAGCAAGAAACUAAGACCAAUACAAUAACUAUCCCCACGGUAAAAUGUGGCGUCAGCUAUAGAAUCUCUUUUAACAAAAAGCUCGUACUGAAACUUUUUAAAGAAUUGAAGCUUGCUUAUGGAAUCCGGAAUCCCACUAACGAUAAAAAUUCCAAUGACAAUGAACCGGGAAUCCACGGCGUGAAAUCCAGAAUCCAAGACGGGGGGGGCGAAAGGCUGGUACAGCACAAGAGGAGAGGUGUAACAGUUUAUACUUUUAGUAAGCGGUAGCUUCUGUCCACUAAGGCGAAACUGACUGUUUUAUCUGCCACCUGUUGUAAACUAGCCUCCCACGCUGACGUUCUUUUGGCAUGUCAAGCAAUCCUCCUCUGGGGCAGGAACGCGUGACGAAACCCUAAGAAGGUCUGCGUGGGAGGCUGGUCGUAAACUGAAAAAAUGAAUGAUUGAUUAACUCAGUUUUCUGUUAGCACGAUAUCGUCGGCACUGAGCGGCAUGUCCUUAAUCAUGCUGGAGGACUUCAUUAAGAAGAAGGUCAAGCUCACUGAUAAUGAAGCUACUAAAAUCAGUAAAGUUAUUGGUGAGUUUAAAUUAAGAGAAGCGUAUUCUCUUAUGUGGUUUAACAACCUCGUUUGUUGUUAAAUGGAAUAAGAAAAACAAGAAAUUUUCGAUGAGGAUGUUUUCAUGUGCCUGUGUAGCCUGUAGAGCUAGAGGCUUGUGGACAGGAGGGGGGACUUACCUCUCCAAGUUUUUAUUAUUUUACUUUAUUAUUUUUUUAUAUAGGAGCUUGUAACUCCCCCGACAAACUCUUAACCAUAUAUAUACCUAACAAUCCCAAGAAUUCGUACGGGAGUUUUACUUUCUAUACCCAACGUCAGAAACUAUUAAAGUUCAGACCAAAAAAGUCAAGUUGUAUAUUUAUUUCGACUUCCUCUUGGGUGCGGGGGGCGGGAGGGCGGGUGGGGGGGGGUUCGUGUGUUGAAGGAGUAGGGAUGGAGGAAAGCGCAUUCCUCGGGCCUCAAAUGUUUAACGAAGAUCGUUACGUGGUUUCCCUGUCUAGGAGUAUACUAAUCGACAACGCCAUACAACCAUGAUGGGUUAGUCUCUAAAGUAGUUACUCGCUUUGUUUUACUCGUAAAACCAGCUUUUAGCGUUUACAGCCAUGACUGUGUCCUAGCCUAAAUAACGACGGAGACAACUAGAAUUAAACUAUUCCUUCUUACUUUUUAAGCUGUUGUGUUUGGCGCCAUUACCAUGGCGGGUGCAUUUUCUGUGAAAUACGCUGGGGCUAUGGUACUACAGGUAAGAAGGAAUACAUCCAGGAAAAAAAUCUAUUUUAUGAUGUACUGAAAUGUACAUACUUGCAUCACCAUCAUCAUCAUCACAAUCACCAACACCAACAACACCAAAAUGUUCAUCACCUUCACCACAACCAUCCACAUCAUUGUCAUCAUCAUCAUCAUCAUUGAUCAUCAUUAUCAUUUCUGCUAUUUUUAAAGAAUUUGAAGUAAAAUAAAUAGUACCUAUGUAGCUGCAAGUGUCCCACCGUCCCCCUUUCCGAAUUCACUUGGAUCCGCCCUGACCACUACUAUAAUCGUCACUAUUACCACCACCACCAUCAUCAUCAUCACCACCAACACCGUCAACAUCAUCACCGUCAUCAUCAUCAUCAUCAUCAUCAUCAUCAUCACCACCACUGCCAUCAUCAUCAUCAUCAUCAUCAUCAUCAUCAUCAUCAUCAUCAUCAUCUACAGCCCCAUGAGGCAGGAUCACCAGUAUCAGUAUCAUUGCCACUGUCAGUAGCCGCAGCAGCAAAAGCAUCCUUUGAAACCAUGAAACUUAAGGGACUAGUAAAAGAGCAUUGUCUUCAUGGGGUCCUAAUUGGUAUGCCCAAGCCUCGUGAUCAUCAUUUUUGUUGUUACAGCUAUGGUUUUUAACGUUAAGGUAGAACUGUAAAAAGAAGCCAACACAUGUAAAGAUAUUAUCCUGAGUGUAUUGUUAGUAUGGGUAAUAGCAUGAUUUGUAGUGAUAUUUGGCUUAAAUACCAUGAGUGAUAUUUCAAAAUUGUUAUACGUAAUUUCACGAGCCGUUAGGCGAGUGAAAUUUGAGACAAUUUUGAAAUAUCACGAGUGGUAUUUGUACCAAAUAUCACGUACGAAUCAUGCUAUUAUUGUUUUAUACUACUACCCGCAAGAGGUUUGUAAUUUUCACAUGUAGGUAUUUCAAAUUAAGCUGAAAUACCACUGCUCUAAGCCAAUCAGAUUGCAGAAAUUUCUCAUGUAGUAGUAUAAGCACUGUAAUUUACCCAUAGUAAGUCUCAGGUAAAGUCUCUAAUAUUCGAAUUGAUUACCAAGUGAACACCAUAUUUUCUAAUCUCUUUAUUUCUUUGCAGCUUGCAUACAGCAUUUCAGGACUCACUGGAGGAAUUAUGCUAUCUCUAUUCCUGGCAGGGUUUUUUAUUCCAAGGGCCAAUGCAAAGGUAAAUUGUUUGGCUGUUGUUAUUUUUCCGGUAACAAUUCAGGAUCCUGACUGGCUUUAUUAGGUAUCAUGAACGUCCGGAAUCAAAAGGUAGCCUGAAUUUCAGACGAUUACUUCGAGUCGUUUUUACUCUUUCAGGGAGAUUGAAAUAAACUAAUGAGAAGGUACAUCAAGCGGAAAAAGAAUUGAACUGAAUUGAAGAAUUACUUGACUUUUUCCUCUUGCUCUCCGUGGAAGCAUAGAACAUCGAAGACAACUCGAUAAAGAUUGCGGUUGUGGGUGGUAGUCUUGGCCUAGUUUCGUGACAAAAUGAUACACCUCAAUUAGACCAAUUAUGCAUCCUAGAUCUUAUUUCUCGUAUCCCUGUGGGCUCUAAUCUAGAGCCUGCUGCAUAAUGUUCUGUCAGUCCUUCCUCAACGUAUGUCAAAUCUAACCCAAUUCCUUCCUCUGAUGGUGGCUUCAAUCCUCUCUUGACCCCUCCAACAGUUUAUUAUGGGAGAUUGCCCUUAGCCAGAAGACACCCAAAAUUUCUCUCAUCUUUUGUGAUGUCUGGAGUUUCUCCUAUUAAUUUUGCAUUUGUUAUGUUCACUGUGACGACUGUGACGACUGCACGACUGCGGGAGCAGCUUUUAUAGAUAUUGUGAAGUUUAUAAGUCUCCAAAUUCCCUUUUAGUUCCUCCAAUUCUGUCCGGAAAGCGCUUCUAUCUCGAACAAAACCCCAUUAAAAUACCAUUAUAACUGACAAAAGCCGGAUCGCAACGCACCUAUCACAUUUAGAGUGUUAAUAGCCACUAACAUCACGGCUUAACUGACAGACGACCAAUAAAAUCUCGACCAAUAAAGUCAAUAACUAGAUUUAAUUACCGCCAAAUGACGUGACCUGAUAAAACUCACUGACUGGCGAUUUUUUCGCUGCCGUCGCCGUCGCCGUCGCUGUCGUAGAUGCUAAAGCCCCGUAUCAUGUCUUUAACGCAGGGUAUGUACAUGGGUGUUUUCGCUGGCUUUGGUUUGGUUCUUUGGGUCUUCAUC